CGCAUAUACUACAAAAUAGGCCCACUACUUCAGAGGAUGACCUUGAAGAGGCUGGGCCAUCUCAGCCACAGCCAGCAACGAUUGGUCCUGUGAUCCCUCCGGGACUUGGGGACCGUACCCCACAGGCUAUCAAUGAAGACGAGGACGACGAGGACGACUAUGUUCCGGAGCUCCCUCCUGACCUGGCAGCCUCACGCUCCAAACAAGAAGUUAGCGGCAAGCGAGUUCAGGGUCCUUCGUUCCCUUACACCCUGCCAAAACCACGUUUUGACGAUGACGAAUCCGAUGAGGACGUCGGACCUAUGCCUUUGCCUGGUGGAGUGAUCUUGGAAGAGAAGGAUGGUGUGACUGAAUUUCUGGAGAAGGAAGAGCGGAGGAGGAAGCAGAUCGAGUACGGCCUGGGUUCUCAUGUCAUCUAGGAAGCCUCAAAGCCAAAGACUUUGCAACGUGAAGAAUGGAUGCUGAAGCCUCCGUCAUCAUCUGACCUUUUAUCGUCUAUCGACCCCACGAAAUUGACAAAGCCUCGUCAAUUCGCUCGCACGUCGGCACCGUCACGCGACGUAGACUCCUCCCUCUGGACAGAAACUCCAGCUGAACGUCAAGCACGUCUAGCGGACGAGGUCUCUGGCAAACGUCGACGUGCGGUAAACGCCGAUCCCGAACUGACUGAAGAGAAGCAGCUUGAAGCCAGGAAACGAGCCAGAUAUGAAGAAGAAAUUCGCAAGGGCGUGGACGAGCAUACGAGGAGAGCUCGCGGCGCGGCUUUGCUCGAGCAACAUGCUGAGGACUCCGCUAAGGCUGAUCAGAAGAAAGAUGAAGGACCGCCAGUCAUCUGGGAUCAUAGCAGAGACAUGGCUUUGGGCGGCAAGCUCUUGGAUGACAAGACGAGAGACAAGUUCAUCAAGGAUGCCCGUGGUUUAUCAGACAGAUUUGGAUCAGGGAAGAGUGGCAGUUUCUUGUAACACUUUCACGGACUACGCAAGUACCGCUACAUCAGUUAGCGAUGCACUUAGCUUCCGCAACGUGUUUAUACCUAUCCGCGUUGUUGUAUGUUAUCCACCCUUCCGUU